UAACAUACACCUCUCCUCGUCUUAGGACUUCUGCAUAACAAAAUCUCUAUCUCACACGCUCAAAACCCUAACCCUCUGUUCCUCACCAAGUUCGAAUUUUUCAAUCAGGGUCAUUUCUGAUUACAUUUAAAUUUUCAGGUGGAUGCUUUAUAAUGUUCUAAGAGUAAUUAGAUGCUUCUAUCAAUCCCAGCACGCCUGUAGUGUGCUCACUAUAGCUCAUAGUCUCCGUCAGUCAGGAAUUUUCAGCACUAUGAGAGAAGUCAACAUAAAAGGUGCCUCUGGUUUAUGUACUCUUGUAUCUGAUGGACAAUCUGAAAUCCCUCAAUCUGUAUCAGAUAGUGAGAACAUGGGAAAGUCAUUCUUUAGUGUACAAUCCACCCCUGAAAUUGAAAAGAAGUAUGUCCAUCAUGUUUAUGAUGCUAUUGCUCCUCAUUUCAGUUCCACCCGGUUUGCUAAGUGGCCAAAAGUUGCUACCUUUUUAUCAUCUUUGCCUUCAGGAUCUCUCGUCCUGGAUGCGGGAUGUGGCAAUGGUAAGUACUUGGGUUUGAAUCCUGAUUGCUUUUUCAUAGGAUGUGAUAUAAGUGCCCCCCUUAUCAAAAUCUGUGCUGAUAGAGGGCAUGAGGUUCUGGUUGCAGAUGCUAUAAAUCUUCCAUAUAGAACUGAUUUUGGUGAUGCAGCGAUCUCUAUUGCCGUAUUACAUCAUCUAAGUACAGAGAUUAGGAGAAAAAGAGCAAUUGAAGAAUUAGUUAGAGUUGUCAAAAAGGGUGGCCUAGUUCUGAUAACAGUUUGGGCUGUAGAACAAGAGGAUAGAUCAUUGCUUGCCAAAUGGACUCCACUUUCAGAAAAGUAUGUUGAAGAGUGGAUAGGACCAGGUAGUCCUCUUGCUCGUAGUCCGUCAUCCUUGCCAUUAGAAAGCAUCCCUGAAAAUGAGGAUAAUGGUUCGAGAGACCAUAUAGAAGAUUCCAUGGAGAAGAUGCAUGAAACUCCACAUCUAACCUCUGAAAGUAAAUAUGAUUCACUGUCCCUUAAGCAUGAAAAGAAUACCAAGAAUCAACAAGAGUAUUUUGUUCCUUGGCACUUGCCUUAUCAUCGUGCUGAAGUAAGUGGUGCUUCUGCUUGUGCUCUUGCAAAUGGUCUUGCAAAGAAAGAUGAUAAAAAGGGUGCUGUAGUGUACAACAGAUAUUACCAUGUUUUCAGUGAAGGCGAGCUUGAAAGGUUAGCAUCUGGUAUCGACAAUGCAGUAAUUGUUGAUCAAUUUUAUGACAAAUCAAACUGGUGCAUCAUUCUUGAGAAAAUAUUAUGACCCAUCAAACAUGCUGUCAUGCUGAGACGGGGGUAAGGAUCUAAAUGGAUCAUUUAUUAAUGUGGGAAACGGUUGAUCUUUUCUGGAAGGGGAUGGCCUCUGCAAACUCUCGCACUGCUCAGAAAUGGCCCCAUGUGCACCUACCAGAGGAAGUUAGGUGUUAAGAUGGUAAGAGCACUGAUUAUUUCAUUUAUGGUGAACUCUUGGCCUCGUGUAAGGUGGCGAAACACUGGCUUUCUGUUUGUGUUUGUGUGUGGUUGAGAGGUGUUUUAUGUUUAUCCCUUUGGGGAGAGGGAGAGAGAGAGCAGAUUGAAGGGAAUUAUGCAUGGGGCUUCAAAGAAAUAUCAUGCAUCAUGUGUUCACGUCAAAUAAAAAAUGUACCAAUUACUAUCGAAUGAUGAGCCUUUUUUUUUUUCCAGAAAGUUGCUCAU